AAAUAGAAAAAGCUACUGAACUUAAAGACUUGCCUGUUCCAAGUUAUCGUCCUAAAUCUCAAGAUACUGUAGUUGAAAAGAAAGGGAAUUGUUUUUUGAAAAGCAAAUCAAAUCACGCGGAUGAACGUCUAUAA